CUUUUAGUGGCGGGUAUUGCCUGAAGGCAUGAGUAAUGAGUUGAAGUUGUUUUUUAAGUUCAGUAGAUAAAGCAUCAUUGAUGGGGCCAUUGAGUUGAUAAGUUUCAUACUCUUUCUUCAUUUUUUAAGUGUAAACCAAACUUCUCUGAGGUUUUGAAGUUUGGAGUUUUCAGUUGAGUUUUUUGGUGUGAAUCUGGGAAGUGGUUUAGGAGAAGUGUGAUGGGAAUCUCUCCUUUCCCAGCUAAGAUUUGAGGCACUUCAUAGUUCAUAGUAUCAAAGCUGGUUUGAUUGGUUAGUCAAAAUUCUGAUACAUCACUUUAUUAUUCAAAGGGAAAAGAGAUGGAUAGAAUUCAGGAGGCAGGUGAAAGGAAUAACUCUCAGCGUCCCCCGACUUCGGCAGUUGCUCUAGCAAUCAAGGGUAACAAGAAAAGCAAAUAUGUCGUGCAGUGGGCACUUAAUAAGUUUGUUCCUGAAGGAAUGAUUAUCUUCAAGCUCAUACAUGUCCAUGCUGGUAUAAAAGGCGUUCCAACACCAAUGGGAAAUGUGAUUCCCCUUUCACAAGUGCGCAGUGACAUAGCAACUGCUUACAAACAGGAAGUGGAGAUGCAAACAAAUCAAAUGCUUCUACCCUUUAAGAGAAUGUGUGAGCAGAGAAAGGUGCAUGUAAAUGUUGCAGUGAUUGAAUCCGAUGAUGUGGCAACUGCGGUUGCAGAGGAAGUAGCUAAGGAUGCUAUAACCAAACUUGUCGUUGGAGCUUCGUCUCGAGGCUUAUUUAAAAGUAAACAGAAGGGUAUGUCUGCAAAAAUCUCAGUCUGCACUCCAAGAUUUUGUACAGUUUUUGCUGUUUCAAAAGGAAAAUUGUCCAUUCGGCAAUCAGACAUGCAGUAUGAAGGAAGCAUUAAAGAUGACAUUAGUGAUACCAGUUUUUCCUCCGGCAGCUCAUCAAAUUAUACUUCCACCACUCAGACAGACUCUGGAUCAAUUGGAUCAUAUCCUGGUUUACGUUCCUCGCUGCCAACACAGAGAUUUCAAGCUCUUUCAAGUAUAAAUCAGAGCCUUCUAAGUACAACAACUAGUAUAAAUGAAACUAAUCAUUCUAGAGGCCAAUCUCUUGAUUUUGGAAGAGAAAAUGCUGCUCCAAGUUCUGCUAGAAACUCAGAUACUGAUCGUGCUCUGAGUCGGGUCUCUAGUUGCAGAAGCUUUAUUUCAGAUACUGAAUCUUGGAUUUAUGAACAAAGUUCUUGCAAGGAUGUGUCACUAGCAGAUAAAUUUCCAUCACCAAAUAGGCAGGCAAAUUUUAACCUUGAGCUGGAAAAGUUGAGAAUUGAACUAAGACAUGCCCAAGGAAUGCAUGCUGUAGCUCAAAGUGAGAACAUUGAUGCAUCAAGAAAGCUUAAUGAACUCAGCAAAAGAAGAUCCGAAGAAUCCAUGAAAAUGAAAGAGAUUAUUUCUAAGGAGGAGGUGGCCGAGGAGUUAGCAAGAUACGAAAUAGACAAAUAUGAUGCUGCAGUAAGAGAAUCUGCUUAUUUGAAAGAAUGUGCUGAAAGAGAAGCUGCAGAAAGAAAAGAAACGGAGUUGAAAGCUAUACGUGCUGCCAAAGAGAAAGAUAAGCUGGAGGGUGCUCUAAGUGGUUCUGUUCUCCAGUACCGAAAGUUUACCUGGGACGAAAUAGUUUCAGCUACUUCAUCUUUUUCUGAAGAUCUGAAAAUUGGAAUGGGAGCAUAUGGAGUGGUGUAUAAGUGUACUUUGUAUCAUACAACUGUUGCUGUUAAAGUUCUCCACCCUAAUGGAAACCGCCAAAGUAAGCAAUUCCAGCAGGAGCUGGAGAUAUUGAGCAGAAUUCGUCAUCCAAACUUGCUUCUUCUUCUUGGUGCAUGUCCUGAUCAUGGAUGCCUUGUGUAUGAAUAUAUGGAGAAUGGUAGCUUGGAGGACAGACUACUCCAAAAGAACAGUACUAUCCCAAUCCCAUGGUUUGAGAGGUUUCGAAUAGCUUGGGAAGUUGCAUCAGCUCUUGCCUUUCUUCACAGCACAGAACCAGAACCUAUCAUCCAUCGUGACAUGAAACCGGCAAACAUCUUGCUCGGUCGGAACCUUGUCAGUAAGAUUGGUGACAUAGGCCUUUCUACAGUCCUCAGUUCAGAUAGUUUAUCUACCAUGUAUAAGGACUCAGAGCCUGUUGGGACACUCUGCUACAUCGAUCCUGAGUAUCAAAGGACUGGAUUAAUAUCCCCAAAGUCUGAUGUUUAUGCUUUUGGAAUAGUGAUCUUACAGUUAUUGACAGCAAAAUCAGCAAUGGCAGUUACUCAUGUGGUUGAAACAGCUAUUAAUGAUGGGAAAUUAACAAAUGUGUUGGAUCCAAAGGCAGGGUCAUGGCCAUUUCAAGAGACACUAGAAUUAGCUCGGUUAGGACUGAGCUGUGCAGAGCUUCGGCGUAGAGACCGGCCCGAUUUAAAAGAUCAGGUGCUUCCAACCCUGGAGAGAUUGAAAGAAGUUGCUGCUAGAGCUCAACAUUCUUCUUCAAUUGUUACUAUUAAAUCCAGACCUCCUAAUCACUUUAUCUGUCCAAUACUUCAGGAUGUGAUGGAUGAUCCUUGCGUUGCAGCGGAUGGAUAUACGUAUGAUCGCAAAGCAAUUGAAAAGUGGCUUCAAGAGAAUGAUAAUUCACCAAUGACAAAUAUGGCUUUGCCUCAUAAGAAUCUAAUUCCUAAUUACGCACUUGUGUCAGCAAUUUUGGAGUGGAAGUCCAGUGAAAUAUGAUAUCAGCAAAGUACCUUUAUCAGUGCAGAUGUUGAGUCCAAUGACACCUCUAAUGUAGCUUGGCUUAGAAGUUCAGCGUGUAUGACAUGCGACAGUGUCUAGGAUGAAGAUUUUGUUCAUACCAUCCUGGCCUACUAUUUGGUUAAUUUAGGAUGAUUGAUUAUCAUAGAGGUUUUGAUUCACUCACGUUCUCUUUCAUCUCAUUUUCAUACAUUUUUUCUUCUUAUCUUCUGUUUUUUCCUAUCAGAUCACACAUUCAUCUCUCAUUUAUCUUAUAUUCUUAUCUCUCUCUCUAGGUAUAUAUGUAUUUGGAGUGUGAACCAAUUUUUUCCAUUUUCAAGUGUAAAUAUAUUUGAUUCGAUUGUUGGAUCCUGUAUGCACUAAAUAUGUCAAAUUUGGUUAUUAUUUCAAGGAAGUCUCCAGCAGCUUCUUGUA